UCGCCAAGAUUACCCUGUGGAAAUUUAAAGGAUUUUGUCCUCAGUAGAAAAUGUCGGAUAGAAGACAUGAACACAUUCCUCUGCCAGGUUUCCACAGCUUUCCAUUAUCUUCACGUAAAUCAUAUCGUGCACGGAGAUCUUCGCGCUGAACACGUUUAUGUGGUGGCACCAAACAAGGUCCAGGUUGGCCGGCUUGGUCGCUCUAAAUCGCUAACAAUUAGUGCCUAUGAAACCACUAGUACCUCAUGUGUCCUAGAAGCUGUCAUGCCUUCUGAUUCAACUCGUUGGAGCGCACCAGAGGUGAUCCAAGAGAACCGCUACUCUCACGCUAGUGAUGUGUGGGCGUUUGGAAUCUUUUCAUGGGAAUUGUACUCUGCGUUCGCAGCUGGUCAACAGAAUAGAGAUACUGCACUGCCCUACAACAAUAUUCCGGCAGAUAAGAUUCUAGAUCAUAUGAAAGAAAACGGACCUCUUCACCAGCCAAGUGGCUGUCCUCAUUGGGUUUACAUUUUGAUGCAUCAGUGCUGGACAUAUGAACCAACGCAGAGACCUCCUUUCAUCGCAAUUACUGAUUGUCUUUCAAGAAGGGAACCGAUGCUGUCAUGGAUAAUGGCACUGUGGCUGAACAAACAUGAGAAGAGUGAAUGGCCGGUUUUGCCAGUAUCUCAGCCUGGCGAUGCAAUUCACGUGACGAACUCUGAGGAACACCCAUCCAGAGAAGAUAUCGAGAAAAUGUGUUCUCAAGGAUUUUUUACUCGUCACAAAUACCUGUAUGUCGACAGCGUUCGCCAAAACGAGACCGACACCGCUGAGGUAUACGAACACAGCCACACGAAUUCUCAGUUACCACCGCCACAGGGUUUCCUUGCAUUCCGCCAAUCAGUUCCAAGUAAUCACUCUGACGGAGCGUCCAACGUUGCCGACGAGUAUGAAACGAACCAAGUGAGUAACGCGACAGAAACGGUGUUUGAAGAAUCCACCUCUUGGAGAAUAAGAAAUGUGGAACAUACGGCUGAGUCCGUUGAGAGCACCGAUUCGAUUUCUUCCUGCCCUACAGAAGCCUCCGAGGUUUCUAACGAGGACCGACGUCUCGAAAAUCACACCGAUGGCGUUGCUUGCGCUUACUCGUUAUAUGGUGAGGGCCACGCAACUGGUGUUGAAAAUGCCAAGGAUGACUCCGAGGACGGGCACAUUUUGUAUGAAAACGCAGGUUACAAAGACCUUACAUUUACCAGGGAGUGCUACAUGCCACUGAGAAAUAACCAGGUGGAACUCAAAAUACCAGGUUAUAUCAACGCACUAGCCGAGGAGACCGGUGUACCGUUGUCCCAGACAGAAUACGGCAACAGAGGCACUCCUGCUGAUCCCGACAUGUGCGUGGACCUUGCUACCACAGAAUCCUUAAGUUCUAACGAACAUGACCCUAACAUAGAGGAGCAGCCAAGCUUCACUUUUUAUGAAGACAUGGCCAUUCUCAUACUCCUCCUUCAAUUGAUAUUUAUUUAUUUCCUUUCUUGAAAGAACUUAAUACAACGUGUUAACUCGGGAUCUAACUCUACUCUGUCCAUGAAAGUGUUGGUCUCCAGCUUAUAAAAGUGACAGUUAGAAAGCUGUUAAUAUUUGACCAACGUCACUAUUUCUUACUUUACCAGAGAAUCAUGCUGAAUUACGUUAAACAGAUCCCGCAUACUAUGUAUGUACCCUCGGUUUGUUGACUCUUUUCAAAACGACUUUCUUCCUAAAAUUUCAUACUUUUGCGGUUAAGAUCAGCCGAAACAAAAACAAGAUUGACAAUAUGAAAAUUAUAAAGGACCCGUUGCACACUUAAAAAGAUAACUAAAGAGAAAAUAGCCCUUAAGGUUUGUUACAUGACAAAGUACUUUUUCAAGAAUAUUUAAAUGUAUAUGCAAACGUCGUUUUGACAAAUUUAGACGUGGGCUUUGAAAGUUCUUUGUAUGCAGCUAGGAAAUCCAUCGUGUCAAGGUUGGUAGAGUUCGACAAGGAAACUUCGUUAUGACCCUUUAUCUAUCGUAAUAAUUUCAGAAAGUAUUUUUGACACAGUUUUCAUAGAAGUAACGUUGUUCAGGUUAGUGACUAUGGUGAGGUGUGACAAGGUGAUUAAUCAGAACAAACAUACCUAGCACCCUCAGUUCGGCCAUAACAAAACAUUUCAUAGCAUAGUGAUGAAAAUAAAGAUGUCUUUGUGUCUUUAAAUUAAUUUGUAUAUAUUUUUAACUGUAGAUGAAAGAUGUUUUACGAUUAAUAUUCAUACUUUGUAUUAUUCAUAGUUAUUUAAUAGAGAUAUCUAUGUGUUUUUAACUAAUUUUUGUAAAUAUUUUUUACUGUAGAUGAUAAAUGUGUUGUGAUUGAUAUACAUACUUUUUUCUAUUCAUAGUUAUUUUAUGAUUUCUCGGUUGAAUUUUCAACACAGAGGGCCACUAGUUCAUCAGUUAAACUAUCGUGUGUUACCCUCCCUAAAAAAAGUUGUUACUUACUUACUUAUCUUUAUAAUUUUAUAAGAAAUAAUUGUGAAAAAACUGUAUAUUCCCAAAGUAAUUACAGAGAGAAUUAGGUAGCAACAAAAAUGGCGACAAUACAGUGACUUCUAAAGUAAAGGAGUGGACAUAUGCGUUGUCUAGCCAGCCCCUGACUGCUUGAA